AUGCCUGCCGAACACACUUUUGACUUGUACGCCAAAUUGGUGAGCAAGAAAAAGUCUCACAAGCACCAGUCUGGGGAGGGCUGCAGCAAUCCCCCCUCGAAGAAAUCUCAAACAGACGACCCUCCUGCAUCUACUCCAACAAAGGAGACAACUCCUCCACCAGCUCCUGCCAGAGAGGCAACUCCUCCACCUCCAAGACUUAGCGAUCAGCUUAGUGCUGUUGAGGCUCGAUACACCGAGCAACUCAAGGCAUCUGAGGCUACUCAUGCCAAGCAGCUGAAGGUAGUCAAGGUGAAACAUUCUGAGGCGCUUAAGGAGGCUGAGGCAAAGCACACCGAGACCCUUAAGGAAGCUGAGGCGAAGCACCUUGAGGCACUGCAAGUGACUGAGGCCAAAAUUGCUUCUCUUGAAGAAGAGCUGAAAAAGAAGGAGGCAAGUAUUGCCAAGAUCACUGCAUCUAAGGAACAGUACAAGGAUACCUCUCUCAUAAAUUACCAAGAAGCCCACAAGCUUCAGGCUGAGCUGGAGAUAAGCCGCAAAGAAGUCCCUGCACUGGAGGAAGAGAAUGCCUGCAAUCUUGAAGACUACGAAGGGGCAGCGUUCGAGUGUUUUUACCUGUUUUGGAAAAACAACCCCAAUGCUAACUUCUCCUAUCUUCCAGACCAUAUCAGGGAGGCAGAGCUAGCUAGGUGUGUUUCUCGUUAG